CUUUAUGCAGCGUGGCUGUGUGAUUAUGAUGUGUCUUCUGGUGUAGUUUGGUCCCUGGUUUUUGGAGGUGUGCGUUCAUGCUUUGAGGACCAGUGAGCAGAUAGAGAGGAGCUCUAGAGGUUUCCCAGCACAGUACAGUCACGCACAUCCAGUGGGAGCUGCAGGCAGCCAGGCACACACUGCCUCUAAGAGCUUGGGACUGAGCUGAGAGCCUGGACCGAGCUAUGGCCACCUCUCCAUGCAGCAGCAGUGGGGUUUCGUCUUCAUCCUCCUCCGGCUUCGGCAUGGACACUGGACUGGAGAUCAAAACCAAAUCCGUAGAACAGACUCUGGUCCCUCUCAUCUCACAGAUAACAACACUUAUAAACCAUAAAGAAAAACCAAAGAAAUCAGAGAAGACUUUGCAAGCUAUACAGAGGGUGGGCCAGGCUGUAAAUCAAGCUGUGGGGAGGUUUGUCACUGUAGGAGAAACCAUAGGCAAUGAAAACCGUGAGCUGAAAGAAGAAAUGGGCUUUGCCUGUAGUGAAGCCAGACGAGCUGGAGAAACUAUUGCACAGUUAACAGAUAUGAGCAUCAUUGAAUGUCCAGACCCUGAUGGACAAGUUACAAUUUUCACUGAUAAGACGGGAGUAGUAAAAGCUGCCAGACUUUUGCUGUCCUCCGUUACCAAGGUUCUGAUAUUGGCAGACAGGAUAGUCGUUAAACAAAUUAUCACUUCCAGAAACAAGGUUCUGACAACCAUGGAACACCUUGAGAAAGUGAACAGUUUUCAGGAGUUUGUGCAGAUAUUCAGUCAGUUUGGUAAUGAAAUGGUGGAGUUCGCUCAUCUUACUGGGGACCGGCAAAAUGACUUGAAAAAUGAGAAGAAAAAGGCCUGUAUGGCAGCAGCGAGAGCAGUGCUUGAGAAGUGCACUAUGAUGUUGCUCACAGCAUCUAAGACUUGCCUCAGGCACCCUGAUUGUGAAUCAGCACGUAUUAAUAAAGAAGGGGUUUUCCAAAGAAUGCGACUGGCCUUGGAGCAAGUAAUAGAAAUUGUAACCGAUUCCCGGCCAAAUGGGGAAGCUGAAAUUGCACCAGUCAGUAUCUAUACUGGCAUAAGAGAGUUUAAGAGUAAAGUUGAAGGGCUCCGUGAAAACCUAUAUUACCUCUCCAAGGAGAAUGUUUCAACUUUGCUAGAAGUCAUUUUGGAACAUACGGAGGACUUUACCGACUCAGCAUACACAAGCCAUGAGAACAGAGAACGCAUUCUGGAAUUAUGUAACCAGGCCAAGACGGAACUAGAACAACUGGUUUCAGCAUGGAUGCAAGCUCAAAACCACAAAACAAAGGAUGUUAUGGAGGAUUUGGAAUUGGCUAUAUUGAAAACAUGUCAGUGCAUUACGGAACUGAAACGAGAACUUCACAAUGCCGCUACAGUACUGGCAGCAGACUUGCUAAAAUUUCAUGCCGACCACAUGGUCCUGAAAGCACUGAAGAUUGCGGGGGUGGAAGGAAACCUGGAAGCGGUAGCUGAAUAUACCUGCAAGCUAUCAGAACAGAAGGAACAGCUUGUUGAAACUUGUCGGUUGUUGAGACACGUUUCAGGCACGGAGCCCCUGGAAAUUACCUGCAUCCAUGCAGAAGAUACAUUUCAGGUGACUGGUCCUCAGAUUGUAUCUGCUGCAGAAACGUUAGCCCUUCAUCCAACCAGUAAGAUUGCUAGAGAAAAUCUGGAUGUUUUUUGUGAAGCCUGGGAAUCUCAGAUGAGUGAUAUGUCAAUUUUGCUGCGGGAAAUUAAUGAUGUGUUUGAAGGGCGAAGAGGAGAGAAACGGGCCUACCUUUCACUCCCAAGACCAGGGAAACAUAGUGGGAAUCUGAAAACAUUAAAGCCUGCUAAACUUGAUGUGGAAGAACAAGGGAAAAUUGCCAAAUUGGGGCUGGAGCUACGUUUGCUUACAUCAGAUGUGGACUCUGAGACUGAAAAAUGGGAAGAUCAGGAUAACGAAGUGGUCAGAAAUGGGCAGACAAUGUCUAGCAUGGCCUAUACCAUGUAUUUAUUUACCAGGGGCGAAGGCUUGCUUAAGACAACCCAAGAUUUAUUUCACCAAGCAGAGGUGUUUGCUGCAGCCGGCUUAAAACUCUCUUCUGUUCUCCAUGCCUUUUCAAAUCAGCUUGAAGACGAUGACAAACCUUUGCUCCUGCUGGAAAUUGAAAAACUUGUUCCACUCAGCCAGCAGCUACAGAUAACAGCCAGAACGCCUGUUCAAGGAAAAAACGCCACUUUCACCAAGGUAGAUACAUGUAUACAGAAAUCUAAAGGCAUCAUGAUGAUAAUAUCUCAAGUGCUCCCAAUCUGUUGUAAAUUACUACGGAAGUGCAACGCAGGCAACAGUUGUUAUCGCAGUCCACAGACAUGGAGGGAAAACCGGAUACAAAAUGUCACCAGUGAAGACGGUCUAGAUGGAAAAACCGUGGAAGCCUUUGGAGUAAAAUCCUUGGAGCAUCAUGUAGCUAAUCUGACAUUUUUAGAAAGCAAGUAGAUUUAACCCUUAGAGAGCAAUGCAUUGCUUACACCCUUCUGGCACUCCAUGGGUUAAAAGACCACCUAGAUGCAAGCAAAAGGUUUCAGCCAUGAUGGAGAAAGCCACACUUUUCAACUCAAACUUACUUGGUACCAUUGUACUUGAUAUACAUUUAUGUAAGUCAGGUUUAAACUCUUGGUCUUUUUAAAACGUGAAUGUUUUCAUUGUUCCACUUCAUGGUCAUUUGGCCAUUUUACUGGUCAAAUCAGACUCUCUCCGUUGUGAAUGUCUUAUUUGAAACCUUUAUCCCAAAGAUGCUGCUAUGGUUUGUAUACUUGUAAUAUGCAGAAACCAUACAAAACUAUGGUAUCCAUUUGCUGUGUUCAAAACUGCUGUCAACAUUGUCAUCCGUGCUGAGUUUUGCUUUAUUAAGUGUAAUGUAUCUGUUUACCUGUAUCAGGGUACUCUAUGAUGGGUUGAAGCACCGAUCAGCUAGUGUAAAGUCCUUGUUCACAAAAAAACAGCACACUUUAUUCACAACUUGCACCUCUGCCACUUUUUUUGAUCUGGAACGAAAGUGUUUUGUUGUAAAUCUGCUGCUGGAACUUUAAAUUUAUUGGAGACGACUUUCUCAGAGAGAACUAUUUUCAAAUUUAGUUUGAUUACAGAGAAAAAGGAUCACUGUGACUUAAGGUUGGUCAUUAUUUUUAUUUUUAUUGAAACCUUAGCUGCUGUGUAUGCUGGCCGCAUGGAAAGCAUGUAGAGUCCCUCAGUUUUAUUAUGCUGUCAAACCUGUAGAUUCACUAAUUUCACUAUUAUUUUACCCUUCCUCGUAGAGUUUUAGAUGCAUGUAAAUAGUGAAACCUCCCCUCCUCCCCCCACGCACACACACUCAAACGGUAUCUUCGGAAUGUAU